CACAAUGAGCUACGAUGAUCCGGAAAGAAAAGGUGGAUUCAGGGCAUGCAUGUUUGUCUUCGGUAAGUUCCGACUCCAAAAUAUCCCGAACACAAAAACUUGUGCUUGACAUUGUUACAGUUACACAACUGAUGUUGGGUUUAUAGAUAAAGUAGAUUCUAUCUUCUACUCCUAAUAGACUGGUUUUUAAGGAUAAGCUCUCAUGUCCUAUUCUGAACAGCCAUACGAUCAAACAUUCACGACAUCAAGAAUGUGAUUAUUGUUUCCGUAUUUCUCUUUCAGUAUUGGCAAUGUUGGAGAACAUUGGAUUCGUAGCGAACAUGUCGACCAUGGUUCUUUACUUCCACUUGUUUUUCAACCUGUCAGUGGCAGCCAACACACUCACCAACUUCUUAGGUUCGACGUUCUUGCUCACUGUUCUCGGAGGCUUCAUCUCCGACAACUACUUGAGCCGGCUACACACCUGCCUCAUUUUCGGAUUUCUCGAAAUCACAGUAAACCUCCUUCUCGUUUCCCAUCGUUUCUUCUGACCAACUUGUUCUCAGUGGUUGGUUCUCUUCUUUUCACAGGGUCUCGUGAUGAUAACAAUCCAAGCACACUCCAAGAAAUCGGACCACGUCCCCUGCAACAAGCCGAGCUGCAUCGGGGGCAGUGACGCCACCAUGUUCUAUGCUUCUCUAUGCAUCUUAGCUUUGGGCUGCGGCGGAGUGAAGGGUUCUGUGGCUGCACUCGGGGCGGAUCAAUUUGACCGGAACGAGACCGGAGGAGCAAAGGGUGUAGCGAGCUUCUUCAACUAUUACCAGUUCAGCACGACAGUUGGAUCGCUGGUAGGAGUGACAGCUGUAGUGUGGAUUGCGUUGAAUAGGGGAUGGCACUGGGCUUUCUUCACGGGCUUGGUGACAGCGUUCGUUGGCUUCGUCGUGCUUGCACUCGGAAAGCCUUUCUACUUGUUCCAACCACUGGCUAACAGCCCCAUUGUCAGGGUAUCACAGGUCAUUACAACUGCAGUUCGAAACAGAAACCUGAAAUUCCCCGAGAGCUCAGACGAGCUGUAUGAGGCUGACGAUAAGGAGGGAGAUACGUCUGUAGAGAAACUUGCACACACCAACCAGUUCAGGUUCCUGGACAAGGCAGCUAUUCCUGGCCAACCAGAUGGAGGCUGCACGGUGACACAAGUCGAAGAAGUGAAGAUAUUGAUACGGAUGGUACCUAUAUUUGCGAGCACGAUCAUAAUGAAUACGUGCUUGGCACAGCUGCAGACAUUCUCAGUAGUCCAAGGAUACUUCAUGGAACCUCACUUGGCCACACUGAACAUUCCCUCUCCUUCGAUACCCGUCAUCCCUUUACUCUUCAUGGCCGUUCUCCUUCCACUCUAUGAGUUCCUCUUCAUCCCAUUUGCCCGAAAGAUCACAGGGCAUCCUAAUGGAAUAACUCAGCUCCAGCGUGUAGGCGUAGGGCUGGUCCUGUCUAUAAUCUCAAUGGGGAUAGCCGGUCUGGUGGAGGUGAAAAGAAGGGAUCAGGCUAUCAAGGACCCGUUCAAGCCAAUUAGUCUUUUCUGGCUCUCGUUCCAAUACGGAGUCUUUGGGAUUGCGGACAUGUUUGCAAUGGUCGGGCUGAUGGAAUUCUUCUACAAAGAAGCUCCAUCUGGGAUGAGGUCUCUUUCCACAUCUUUCGCGCUGCUGUCGCUGUCUUUUGGAUAUUUCUUGAGCACCGCCUUUGUGAACAUUGUGAAUGCAGUCACGGAGAAGGUUUCGAGUGACAAACAAGGCUGGCUGCAGGCACCGGAGAUGAAGCCUCCCUUGAAUCAUUACAAGCUCGACUACUUCUACUGGUUUCUAGCCAUCCUCAGCACCCUCAAUUUCGGAAACUAUCUCUACUGGUCAUCCUGGUACAAGUAUCGAUCACAAGUAAAAGAGGCCAAUGAAGACGCAAUUAAACCUUCAGGGUAAUACAGUCCGGCUACAUAAUGUUCCAGCAACUAUUGUAAUAAGCACCCUCAAGUUUUGACUAUCCUUCUCUCCCAAGUUGAAAACACCAUAAAAAAUGGAUUCCAUGCCUAUAUAUUACAAAUAUAUAUUGACUGUAUUUGACCCCCAACCCAAAUACAACUUAAAUAAAUAAAUAAAAUAAGCUUGCAAUAACAGAAUAAACUGUCAAAUUUUCAAUACUUGCAAGUGCCAAUAUAUAUAAAUAUGCAAGUCAA